GGGACGUGUGGAACCAUUUCCAUGGCAACUUUAAAGCUGGCGGUAAACAGCGGUUAGUUGUUUACCGUGUGAGACAAAACAGCCCACAGGUAUUAAUUUUGGGAUUUUUAAAAAAAAAAUGGAGACAGUAUGUCUCGAUAACUCAGCUUUGAAGGCAGUGGAUGACUACUGUGAGUACAGAAGAAUUGUAGGUGAUGAUGAUGGAGGAAAACUGUUCACUCCAGAGCAAUAUGAGGAGUACAAGAGGAAGGUCCUCCCUCUACGGCUGAACAACAGGCUGUAUGUGAGCUAUGGGGUACCAGGGGGAAUCGACUGCAAACUCAUUGGCCCUGAGACACAGUGCUUCUGCACUCACAGGUACAAGCAGCACAAGACUGACUUUGAAGUGGUUCCCUCUGAGCGACCCCUCGCUCUACCAUGCCAGGUCAGAGGAUGUCAUUGUCCUGCCUACCAGUUUAUUCCCCAAAUUGGCCCAAACCCUGUCCGCUGCAGGUGUAAACACUUACCUCAGGAACACAGUGAAGCUACAGGCCACUUGUGCAAAAAGUGCACUUCCUGUUCUGGGUUCCAGAGCUCCUACGUCUGUGGGUGUGGCCAGCCCAGCUCUGCCCACCAGACCCUGGUUGAGACAAAGCUAGAGAGGGAGGCACGUGGUCGUCCCAUAGGCAGGGAUGUCCCUUAUGCGGCCAUGGGCGGGCUGACGGGGUUCAGCUCCUUGUUGGAUGGUUACCUCGCUUUGGAAGCCGGUGGCUCAGAUCAAGACAGAGAAGAUGGCUGCCAGCAGAGAUGCUCAGCGUCAAGGAUCAAAGAAGCCUCUACUAAAACAACUCUUAUUCACUGUAAGAGAGAGACCAACAAACAGUGAAAUACAACAUUCUUCUCAGAGUCCAUCUGUCAAACCAUCCAUUAAAUAUUGGACAAUUCAGAUUUAUCAAAUAAAUCAUACAAAUCUUUUGAUCUGUAACCUUUAAUCUUAUCCAAAGCUUAAGAGUCUUUU